AUGGGAGCGAUCCGCUACUGCAUCAAGUACGUCACCAAGGCUCGGAUAGGAUCAUCGGCGCUGCAGCUGCAUCUCGGUGACGACGAGAGACGUGUCGUGUUCCGCGGCGACGAAAACCUGGAAGCGGUCAUCGCGGGCGAGCAGGCUAAUCCAUCCAUGCUCACAGCCUUCUUUGAGCUGUGCCAGCGUGACGCGUUCGCGGCGACACUCCUCUACCCAGAGGUGCCGCGAUACUACACGUGGCAGGUGCGACGCGGCCGGGGCGCAGACGCCCGUCCGGCCCACUGGAAACGCCGCGUCCGUGGCCAGCCUCACCCCGAGGUGCCGGGCGUGGUUGCCUCUGAGACUCUGUCGCGCGUGUACACCACGACGCCGCGCGCGGGCGAAGUUUUCUUUCUUCGCCUGCUCCUUCACAGCGUCCGAGGUCCGCGCUCUUACGAGCACCUCCGCACGGUCGAUGGCCGCGUGUGUGCCACCAUGCGCGAGGCGUGCUCCGCACUGGGGCUGCUCGAGGACGGAGCGCACUGGGCGCGCGCACUGGAGGAGAUCUCUGGCGGAGUACGGACUGCCGUGCCGCCGGUGCCGGACGCCGCCGCCGCCGCCGAUGGCGACGACGACGAGCCGCCCGGCGGUCCCGAGUACGACCCGGCCGCUCUGGCCGAUCGCGUUGAGCGCGACGAGCCGCGUCUGACGGAUGACCAGCGCGCCGUCUAUGACGAGGUGCUGCGACGGCUGGACAAUGACGAGUCGGGUGUCAUCUUCCUGCAAGCUCCAGGCGGCUGCGGGAAGACGUUCUUGGAGAACCUGCUGCUGGCCAAGGUGCGCAGCCGGGGACACGUGGCAGUUGCAGUGGCCACAUCCGGCAUCGCAGCCAGCCUGUUGGAGGGCGGCACGACUGCCCAUCAUCGGUUCAAGAUCCCUCUGCAGCUGCAUCCUGACAACGAGAACGUCUGCGGCAUUGAUCGCCGCUCUCCCGAGGCCGACUACCUUCGCCGCUGUCGCCUCAUUGUAUGGGACGAAGCGGCCAUGACGAACCGGCGCGCCACUGAGGCGGUCGACCGGGCUCUCCAAGACGUCCGCGACAGUGGUGAAGCGCGGCGGCGCGCAGAGGUUGUUGACGCCUGCCUCAAGUCAUCGCCCAUGUGGCCUCGGAUCGACACCAUGGAGCUCGCGACCAACAUGCGGGCGUUGAACGGCGACGAUCAGGCCGGUGAGUUCGCCAACUUCCUGCUGCGCGUCGGCGACGGCCGGCUGCCCGUCGUGGCACAGCCCUCGGUGCAGGUGCCCGAGUUGGUGGUCAGUCCGGCGCGCAGUCUCGCCGCCUUGGUCGAUCGCAUUUUCCCUGACAUGGCCGGGCGACACCGUGAUGAAGAGUGGCUGCAUGAGCGCGCCAUCCUCUCGCCGCUAAAUGCGACCGUUGACAGGGCGAAUGAGGCCGCGCUGGCCCUUCUGCCCGGCGAAACAGUCACGUACGCUAGCGUCGACACCAUCAGUGACGACGACAACGAGGAUCACGGGCCUCCGGUGCCCACCGAGGUGCUCAACGCGAUCGACGUGUCGGGCAUGCCGUCGCAUCGACUUCAGGUCAAGGUCGGCGCCCCGGUCGUGUUGAUGCGCAACCUCGACGCUCCGCGCGUCGUGAACGGCACGCUGUGCACGCUGCGCGCCGCGCCCAACGUGCUCGAGCUGCGAAUCGCCAGUGGAGUCGCGCGUGGCGAGACGCUGUUUUUGCCGCGCCUCCCUCUGGUGGUGUGA